AUGGAGACCCAGGACGAAGCAGAGCUCUGCUUUCCACAACUCUUCAACACCUCCUGCAAGAAGCCUAAAACAUCUCUGUCUCAAGUUUUGCUCCCUUACGUUGUGGUGUUUUCAGUCUCUCUGCUAACAGUGGCUCUCAACCUUCUCGUCAUUGUCUCAGUCUCCCACUUCAGACAGCUCCACACACCCACUAACAGCCUCCUCCUCUCUCUGGCUGUCUCAGACUUUCUCAUUGGUCUGUUGAUGAUGCCGGCAAAAAUCCUAGGAGACACAGCUUGUUGGUUUCUUGGUCAGCUCACAUGUUCUCUGUAUAGUUAUAUAUGCUUCAUCAUUACCUCUGCCUCAGUGGGCAUUAUGGUGCUGAUAUCAGUCGACCGCUAUGUGGCUAUUUGUGACCCUCUGCAUUACCCCACCAGAAUCACAGAGAGAAGAGUGAAACUCUGCGUCUGUCUGUGUUGGCUCUGCUCUGUUAUUUACAACAUACUAUUUAUAAAGAACGACCUGCUUCAAGGAGAACGACAUACUUCCUGUUAUGGAGAAUGUGUAUUUGUCAUAGACUACAUUGUAGGAACCACUGAUAUUGUUUUAACUUUUAUUGCUCCAGUUACUGUCAUCGUUGUUCUGUAUAUGAGAGUAUUUGUGGUGGCUGUGUCUCAGGCCCGUGCCAUGCGCUCUCAUGUUACAGCUGUCACACUGCAGCUCUCAGUGACUCUAACAGCAAAGAAAUCAGAGAUAAAAGCAGCCAGGACUCUGGGUGUUCUUGUUCUUGUGUUUCUAUUAGGUUUCUGCCCAUAUUACAUUGUUUCACUUUUAGGAAACGAGUUGUUCAACAGCUCAUCUGCAUCCAUUGCGAUUUAUCUGUAUUAUUUUAACUCCUGUCUAAAUCCUUUGAUUUACGCUAUGUUCUACCCCUGGUUUAGAAAAGCUGUGAAAUUCGUUGUCACUCUACAGAUACUGCAGCCUGGCUCCUGUGAGGUCAGCAUACUGUAG